AUUUUCAUUCAGAUAUCAUUCGUUCGUUUUGAGUCGAUAUUCUGCGAUAUUCGUGUUAAACAUGAAAAGAACUCGAAAUUUCAACAUGUUUAUUCAUUAACACAGUGCUAUUUAAUACAUUUGUUUUAUAUUUGAAAUAAGACAUGUAAGGAAAGCUCGAUAAAAUACAUUUUGUGACUACUUUUAUUCACCAUUUUCAUACACCGCCAAAGAAGAUGGAGGGCAAAAAAAUAUCUUUUGGUUUUAUGAAAACCAAGAAAGUUGACAAGGUUAUCGUAGAAGAAAAGAAAGAUUUCAUCGAAUGUGUAGAAGAAAAAUCUAUUAAAGUUGUGGGCGGUGAAUCAAUUAAAGACGAUGCACCCUUAGUAAUACCAAUGAAGCCUAACACACUCAUCACAGCAGAAAGAUUAAAGCAGAUAGCUGAAAAAGUUGAGAGCGGAUUAGAUGAUCCUGAACCGCAACAGCCGAACCCUUCAAUUGAUGAAAAACCACCAGAAAAUGAGACUUUGGAACAGAUGGCUGUGAGAGAGUUGGUGCGGGAGGCAAAGAAGGAAGUGAACGUGGAAACAGAGGUGUUGACUGUGCCUUUGCCGGCUAAACCUAUCAUGGAGGGAGAGAAGGAGUCUUCUUUAGAUGACUAUGAAUCCAUGCCGAUACAACAGUUUGGAAUGGCAAUGCUGAGAGGGAUGGGUUGGAAACCUAAUAAAGACCAAUCUAAAUACAAGCAGCCGCAGUUACGACCCAAAGGCCUUGGGCUAGGAGCAGAUAAAGUAGUCACAGAAAACCAAAAAAAGAAAAUGAAAGACAAUAAAAAUGAUGAGGAAUUAACGAUUAUUAAAAAUGCUUUCGUGAAAAUCACUACUGGAAAGUGGAGUGGAUAUUAUGGAAAGGUUGUCAGCCUGGAUGAGGACAAUGGCAGAGUGAUGGUUGAUAUUCCAAUCAAAAAAGAAACUGUCAGUUUGAGUGAAUUUAUGAUGCAUCCAGUUACAAAGGCCGAGUAUGACAAAGAAUCCAAAGUAAUUAAUUCAGACACAUUUGAAGAUUACAAAAAAAGUGAGAAAAGUUCACAAAACUCAAGAAAUAUCGAGAGAGAAGGUUCGUCGAAGACAAAUAAGAGUAAAGAAGAAAAAAAGUAUGCAAAUGAUGACAGAAAACAAUAUAGGGAACAUGAGAAAUCGUCCAAUGGAAGAAGUAGAAAUAGAGAUCGUCAUAGAAAAGAUUCUUCUAGUAGUGAAGAAAGAUACGUCCAAAGGAAAAAGAAAGAUAAGAAAGAAAGAAAAAGAUAUAGUAGUAAUGAAUCGCUGUCUUCGCUUUCAGAAGACGAUCGGAGACACAGUAAAAAGAAAGAAAGUAGAAAACGUCGAAGUAGUAGUUUAGAGUAUUCUGAUUCAUAUAAGAAAAGCAAGAGACAUGGAUCUCCGGAUGGUAAACGUGAUAUAGAUAAGAAGAGGAAAGGGAAGAAAAAAAAGAGAGACAGAGAUCGGUCGCCAAAUUAUAAAAAACAUAGAAAAUAAGUUUAAUCAAUAAAAUAUUUUUUUAGAGUAUA